AUGCUGCAGGUGAGUUUGUCCACGCGUUACACGCCCACGCCCUCUAGUGCUGACCGAUGUGGCAGUGAUUACGGCUAUUGCGGUAAGAGCGAUGGCCACUGCCUCGUCGCCAAUGGAUGCCAGAACGGAUGCAGCGACGCCGCUGCUCCCGUAACCACCAAGGUUGCUCCCGUUACGACUGAGGCUGCCGCCGCCACCAGCGCCGCUGCUGCCCCCCGUACCGACGGACGGUGCGGCAAGGAUUUCGCCGGUGCCACUUGUGACUCCAACGGCGAGUACGGCGGCUGCUGUUCCGAGUUUGGCUUCUGCGGCAAGACUGAUGGUCACUGCCUCGUCGCCAACGGUUGCCAGAACGGCUGCUCCGACGGUACCCCCAACCCCCCUGCGGCCGGCACUACUGAUGCUCCCACUACCACGACCGGCCCGUCCUCGAGCCAGGAACCCGUCCUGGGCUCGCCGACCACCAAGGCCACUUCCCCCGCCAACACUAACCUCGUGACCACCGACGGCUCGUGCGGUGUUAACGCCAACAACGCCGUCUGCGGUGACUGGCCUCAGGGCAGCUGCUGCUCCAUGUACGGUUACUGCGGAAGCACGACCUCCCAUUGCGGUGACGGCUGCCAGUCGGGUCCUUGCACGAACGGCGCCGAGGAACAGGCUCCCGGUGCCAGCCCCGCUCCCGCCGCCCCGACUCCCGGUACCUUCAAGGUCGUUGGUGACUCUGGUGUCCCCGUCAUGCACGCCGGUCUCAUGCCCAACGGCAAGGUUGCCUUCCUCGACAAGGUCGAGAACUACACCCAGGUCAAGCUUGCCAACGGCCAGUACGCCUACUCCUCCGAGUACGACGUCACGACGAACACCUACGUCCCGCUCUCCUACAAGACCAACGCCUUCUGCUCCGGUGGUGCUUUCCUUGCCGAUGGCCGUUUCGUCUCGCUCGGCGGCAACGCCCCUCUCGACUUUAUCGACCCUACCGUCACCGACGGCUUCGACGGCAUCCGCUACCUGAAGCGCAGCAUGGACGACGACAGCCUCGACGGCCAGGGUUGGGACGAGCCUGGCAACAAGAUGGCCAGCAAGCGCUGGUACGCCAGUGCGCAAAUCAUGGGCGAUGCCAGCAUUUUCGUCGCCUCCGGAUCGCUCAACGGCCUCGACCCGACCAACAGCUCCAACAACAACCCCACCUGGGAGUUGCUCGACCGCAACGGCGUCUCGGACGGCAUCAACCGCCCCAUGGAGAUUCUCGAGAAGAACCAGCCGUACUACAUGUACCCGUUCCUCCACCUGCUGAAGGACGGCUCCCUCUUCGUCAUGGUCAGCAAGUCCGCCGAGCGCUUCGACGUCGCUGGCAACAAGCCGAUUUCCACCUACCCCGACCUUCCCGGCGACUACCGCACGUACCCCAACACCGGCGGUUCCGUGAUGAUGCCUCUGUCCUCGGCCAACAACUGGGUUGCUGACAUUAUCAUUUGCGGUGGCGGCGCCUACCAAGACAUUACCUCGCCCACUGACCCCUCGUGCGGACGCAUUAGCCCGCUCGCCGACAACCCGAAGUGGGAGAUGGACUCGAUGCCCGAGGGCCGCGGCAUGGUUGAGGGCACGCUCCUUCCGGACGGCACGUCGAUCUGGCUCAACGGCUGCAACCACGGCGCCCAGGGCUUCGGCCUCGGCACGGACCCGACGUUCGAUGCGCUGCUGUACGACCCCACGAAGGCGCUGGGCCAGCGCUGGCAGACGGCCGGCCGCACAGACAUUCCGCGUCUCUACCACAGUGUCGCGCUCCUGCUCCUGGACGGCACGCUGAUGGUGACGGGCUCCAACCCGGUCGAGCAGCCGGUGCUGGGCGACAACAAGGCGUUCCCGUACGUGACGGACUUCCGCGUCGAGAUCUACACGCCGCCGUACCUGCAGGGCGAAAACGCCAACAAGCGGCCCACGGACGUGGCGCUCUCGACGACGGCGCUCAAGGCCGACGGCAGCACCUUUAACAUCCAGUUCUCGGCUCCGGCGGGUGCAAAGGAGGUCCGCGUCGCGCUGUACCACGGCGGCUUUGUCACGCAUAGCGUGCACAUGAACCACAGGAUGGCGUUCUUGGAUACGGAGGGCUGGGCUGCGGGUGCCGCGAGCCAGAACAUCAAGGUCACGAUGCCCCCGAAUAGCAACGUUGCCCCGCCUGGGCCGUAUGUUGUCUAUGUCGUUGUGGAUGGCGUGCCUGCGGUGGGCAAGAUGGUUAUGGUUGCUUAG